AUGUCGUGGUCUAUUGCAGCUGUUGACAAUUAUGCCCGUUACCUUCUAUUUUUGGACUUGCAGGAGGUCGACAAUCGUUUGGAAGAAGAAGAGUUUGAUGCAGCUGAGACGAUAGAAGAGGCAGAGUCUGUGGAACAAGGGGCUUAUAAGGAGAGAGUUGAAAGGCUGAAGAGAAAGAAAAUGGAGCUUAAGGCUGCUAGGUCAGCCACCCAUAGCAGAGGUACUCGAGUCCUGGGCAAAGAAUCUAGCACUGAUGAAUCAUCAAGUGAUGACAUUAGUGAGGAGAAUUUUGCAGUUGAUUGGAGAGCUAAACAUCUUUAA